AUGGCCGACGAGCGAGCGCGGAGGGCGCAAGAUGACUACCGCUUGAUGCUGGAGCGGCAGCUGGAGCAGCGGGCGGCGCUAUCGGCGGACGAGGCAUCCUUCCAGCAAGAGAUUGCAGAGAUGAACCGCGCGCUGCUACAUGACGCUCGGCAGGGCGAGGCGAGCGCCACCGCUCGACUCCAGGCGCUCCAAUCGCGGCACCAGCGUCUUCGGACCGGCUAUGAGCGGCUGCGCGGUGCUGUCUUGGAUCCCGCCAAGCACUCCGCCAAGCAGCAGAACGAGCCUGCGAGUACCGUCGAGGGCGCUUCGGACGGGGCGGACGUGGCCGAGCUGGAGCAUCGGGUGGCGCAGCUGGAGGAGGCUAGGCGCGCCUUGGCAGAUAGGCUGGAGCGGGCAGGGCAGGCGUACACGGCGGCGUUGGCUGAGAUGCGUCCGGGCCAUCUGGCAGACAAGGAGUCGCCGCCGCAGAUUGCCGUGCCGGCUGUGCCGCAGAGCCCAACGCCACCGAGUGGGUCGGAGGCACACGUGGUGGGGGAGAGAAAACGAGAAGCUGCAGCCAUGGUGCGGGCCAUUCAAACGCUGACGGCGCAAAAGGCGGAGCUCCAGCGCCAGCUGGAGCGGCGCCACGUGGCCGAAGACGAGCUCAAGAAUCUGCGUGCGGAGAUCGAGCGGCUGCAGGCGGCUCGGGGCGAUUUCAAGCAAGACUAUGCCCAGCUGCGCUCGGCCUCCUCGCUCCAGGUCCAGGUGAAGGAGAUGUCCUCCACCAUAGCCGCCUUGGAGUCGGAGCGGCCGAAGCUGCUCCGCCGCGCCGCCACCGCCGAGCAGCAGCUGGCAUCGUUGCAAGAGAGCAUGACCUCGACCGUCCAGUCGUACCAAAAGGAAAUCCUGCAGCUGCGGCGGAGCCAAGCGGGCGCCGCACAGGGCCCUCGAUGA